CUCCUCUCCACCUCCUGAGCUUUUGGCGUUACAGUAUGAGACAUUUACUGUGAGCUGAUAGCAUGCGCCUGCUAAGGCUCUCUGUGCUGCAGUUUGUGACCGAUAUGUUCUCUUGACCUAAAGUUCACAUCUUGACGAAGGCUUUCCUGCGAGUUGCUCACCUCACAUGACAAUGGCUUCCAAUAUAAUUGUGGAGCAGCAGUUUUCUCACAAAUUCACAGUGACUGUAGUUCGAGCUCAGAACGUCACCAAGGGAGCGCUGGGCGACUUGCUGGACACUCCAGACCCGUAUGUGGAGAUUUUCAUCCCAACGGCUCCUGAAAGCAGAAGGAGGACCAAGCACAUAGACAACGACAUCAAUCCAAAAUGGAACGAGACCUUUCAUUUCAUAUUAGACCCCAACCAGCACAACGUCCUGGAGUUAACAUUAAUGGAUGCCAACUACGUGAUGGAUGAGACGCUUGGGACAGCAUCCUUUGAAAUCUCCAAACUCAACGUGGGCCAGACAAAGAUGGAGGCGUUCCUUAUUGGCAAAGCAACCAAAGUGCACUUAGAGAUGUCACUGGAGAUCUGUACAAACCUGGACCUGCGGUUCAGCCACACCCUUUGUGACAAGGAGAAGCAAUUUAGAGAAGCCCGUCGAGAAAAGGUGAUGCUCGGCAUCAAGAAGCUGCUACGCACUGAGGAUCCUUGUCACCCAGAAGAGGUGCCAGUGAUAGCCAUAGCCGGGUCAGGAGGCGGUUUCCGCGCCAUGGUGGGGUUUUCGGGCGUUAUGAAGGCCCUGUUUGAGUCCGGGGUCCUCGACUGUACCACAUAUAUUGCUGGCCUCUCUGGAUCCACAUGGUACAUGUCAACUCUCUACUCCAACCCUGACUUUCCAAAUAAGGGCCCGAAGGACAUCAACAGUGAGUUGAUGAAGAGAGUUAGCAGUAACCCACUUAGGCUGUUGAUGCCCCAGCACAUCACCCACUAUAUCCAGGCCCUGUGGACCAAAAAGGCCUCCGGACAGCCGGUUACUUUUGCAGAUAUCUUUGGUAUGCUCAUAGGAGAGACACUUAUACCCUCGAGAAUGGGCAUCAAGCUAAGCGACAUCCAGGAGAAAAUAAACCAAGCCCAGUGUCCGCUUCCUCUUUUCACAUGUCUGCAUGUCAAACCGGAUGUUUCUGAGCUCAUGUUUGCAGACUGGGUGGAGUUUAGCCCAUAUGAAAUUGGGAUGGCAAAGUAUGGCACCUUCAUGACCCCUGACCUAUUUGGAAGCAAGUUCUUCAUGGGAACUGUUGUGAAGAAGUACGAGGAAAACCCUCUUCAUUUUCUGAUGGGUGUGUGGGGAAGUGCCUUCUCAAUUCUGUUCAACAGAGUGCUAGGGGUCAAGGACACAGCUGGUGGCAGCACCAUGGAGGAGGAGUUAGAGCAGAUCAAACCACAGCACAUCGUUGGAGAAGACGCCCUGGACGACGACGAGCCACGCAAAGGUGGGACAGAAAACCAGGAGGCAGAGGAGGAGUUUCAUCGCACCGCUCAGGCCAGCUGGGUUCAGCGUAUGUUCACGUCAGUCUUGGGCGACUCUGCUUUGUUCAACACAAGGGAGGGCCGUGCUGGAAAGGUGCAUAACUUCAUGUUGGGCCUGAACCUGAACACCAACAUGCCAUUCUCUCCGUUACUUGAGAAAACACACGCUAUGACACCUGAAGAGGAGGUGGAUGCUGUCACAGAUCCCGAUGAGUUUGACCGAAUCUACGAGCCUCUGGAUGUGAAGAGCAAGAAGAUCCAUGUAGUGGACAGCGGCCUGACCUACAACCUUCCCUACCCCCUUAUCCUGCGCUCGCAGCGCGGCGUCGACCUCAUCAUCUCCUUUGACUUUUCAGCUCGACCGAGUGACUCGAGCCCUCCGUUCAAGGAGCUUCUCCUCGCUGAGAAAUGGGCUAGAAUGAACAAGCUGCCAUUCCCCAAGAUCGACCCCAAAGUCUUUGACCGUGAAGGUCUGAAGGAAUGCUACGUCUUCAAACCAAAGAGCGGUGAAAAGAACUGCCCGACGGUCAUCCACUUCGUCCUCGUCAACAUCAACUUCAGGAAAUUCAAAGCGCCUGGCGUUCCCAGGGAGACUGAGAAGGAGAAGGAGCUGGCCGAUUUUGACAUUUUUGACGACACUGAGACACCGUACUCCACCUUCAACUUCCAAUACUCCAACGAAGCUUUUAUCCAGCUUCAUGACCUGAUGGAGUUCAACACUCUCAACAACCUGGAGGUUAUUAAAGAAGCCAUCAAGGACUGCAUCACGUCUCGUAAGGACAAUCCCUCGAGCGCCUCUCGUCCUUUCGCCCUCAGUGAGAUCCCAAAAAAGAAGAUUCUCAAACGAGAUCAUCAAGGAAAGCCUGUGAAUCACCUUGGGAAUACUAGCCAGUAGCUUCGGUCUAAGACUUCAGGGCUUUUGGGGGAUUAUGUUUUCACCUUAGAACGGAGCAUUUUCUUUUUGGAAAAUGCUCUCAUGCUGAUCUUUUCUUUGUGUAAUAGAUGGUUUUGUUUUUCUCUGGGUUUGAUAUGGUUUCUGAUAAAGGGCUACUGCAAGGAAGCUGGAUGUUACAUGAUAUUAUUUCAUUCAUAUACAGCCAAGCUUUCACCUGGGCUUACGUGCACUAUAGUGACUGCUGACCACAAACAGCUGAUAGGUGCUUUCCCUGCAGGCUGUGAGAGAAAGUGAACCAAACAGUGCAAUGUGGGUGAAUUGGUUCCAUAUCCACUGAGCAACCCAAACUACAAUUUUGUUGUCUGUUUUAAACUCACAUGCUCAUUCACUUCACUUCACUUACAUUUUCUUGCAACAUUCCCAAAUGUCGGUGAGGAGACUGCAUCUCAGAGCCGUGUGUGGACGCACAGCUGUGCGGUUUCUAAAUACUGAGCUGUUCCUGCACUGCGUCUUUUUGUGAGCUGAGCUCUUUCCACACUGAACGUGUGACAACAGAGCAUGCAAAUCACCUCUUCUUUUUAUUAUUGGAUGGCUUGUCUAAACAUGCAAGCUUGUUUGAAAACGCGGAUGGGGAUAUUAUCGGUAACCAUUGGUUUUGUUUGAUGGCAACUUCUAAACACUCCAAGUGCACCCCCCCCCCUCUGGAUACCUCAAACAUCCCAGUGAUGUUUACCCACCUACAGCGUAUGAGCACUCCCUGCUCCCCUCUAGGGAGUGCCUUGUAUUAAAGCCUCCAUUUUGGAAAACAAAACUGGAUGCCAUGGAAACGGCCCUGCUCCUUCUCUCAUCCGGUUCUGUGUCCUGACUUCAUGGUUUCAGGGUGCGUUUUCUUUUUAAACAGUGUUUGUCCCCCCGCCUCCCAACAAACCCAGCUUGCUGCCGGAUCCUUUCAACAGUGAGCUGCAGCUCAGGUCAAAGUGAGGGCGCGAUCAUGAGACCUGCCCACAGCUGAAAGGUGUUCCCUGGUGGCAGCACACAGUGGAAUUUUACACACUACACCUACACCUGCAGCAGUGGAGGCCUGAAAUCAGACACACUACACCUACACCUGCAGGGGCCCAGAGGCUGCACGCGGAGCAGGGGGAUUUUACACCCAACACUUCCGGCCCUCACGCUCUUAUGUUUCAGCCGAGGUUGUUGGAAAGAAACCGAGAAAACAAAACAGUCGUUUGCAGUUUUGCUGCAUGAUGAAACCUUUGCAACUUUUUUUAUUUUUAGCUGAUAUUUUUUUUUUCCUGUUUGUCUGUAGUUGUUUUUUUUUAAAUAGCUGUAAGCAUUUCCUCAUUUCUGUUUUUCUUUUAGAAAAAAAUGGUUUUGGAUAGCAGCACUUUUUUACUUUCUCUUGUUGAAUCAGACGAGAAUGACAGCAUUAUAUUUAUGUACUGUAAUGGCUUAUACGUGAAUAAUUAGCAGUCAGGUACGACACAGUACAAAGACAGAAAAUAGGCUAAAAAGUUACUUAACUGUUGAGCUUUUAGUAAUUGCUGGAUGGCUUUUCUUGCCUCAGCACAGAGUCCAUUGACACGGCAGUGCGUCACAUCAAGGCUAAGUCUGGUUCUGGUGGUCCCUACUGUAGAAGAAACUAUUGCAAAGCGUGUCUGUCUGUGGACACUUUGUCAUUGUGUUACCUUCACAGCUAUGAUUUAGUCCCAACACUUGAAUGAAAAUUAAGGCCAACUUCUAAAAGUGGGUUUGGUCUAACUCAUUCAACUCAUUUCAUUUAUUCAGUAGUCCAAAUGACUACUGAACUGCUGAGCCAGGGUACUGUGGAUUCAACCACCAUCAUUGUGCCUUUACCAACUCCUGAGAGAAAUUUCCGGCUGCUAAAUGUUCUCUGCAUGUGUUAAAAAGCCUGUUCCUCUUGUCACUUAUCACUCGGCUGUUCCUGUUUUUAAUGGGUUCUUAUCUCUUGUUGUUGUUGCUAAAAAAGAGCUACUUGGUAAGAGCAGAGAUGACUGCAAGUAGCUGUGAGAGUGAGCCACAAGAUAAGAGUUGUUUGUUCGAAAGCCUUGCAUAAAACUUGUUUAGUGGUUUGGGUUUUGUUUUUUUGUUUUUUUGCAGAUUUGUAAUAAUGUCAAAUUUAAGCGAAGCUAACCUGCUGCUGGCUAUAACCAUAGGGUGAAUGCGGUGUCAUUGUAUCAGGGCUACUUUUAAGAAAGUGAGUGAAUGUGUUUCCCCAUAAAUGUUCAAAUAGCAUUGACUAUCUUAUGAAGACAUCCUGUCGAGUUCUGCCAUUAAUCAUAUUUUAUAUAUUGUUCUAGUUUAACUUUGAUUAUUUCUUCCCCCCCUCUCAUAUUUUACUAUAUAUAUUCGGCCACCUAUGACCAUGUUUACAUGUUACAAGAUCCUAAAUGGUCAGCUGUAGGGACUUGAGAAGUGUAUAAAACAUUUCUGUGAUUAAUAACUGUAUUAUGACUGGCAUAACAUAACAUACAUAAUGUUUAUGUGCAUUGUUAAAUGAGAUUAAAGGAGAAUUUAUCUCA